AUGGCAGACAGAGAAGGGUGCAUUGAUAAUGAUCCUUUGAAGGAAGUAGAUAUUGGUAACGGUGAUUAUCCUAGGCCAACAUAUGUGAGCAAGAUGCUGCCUGAUGAUUUCAAAAAAGAAAUGGUGGAGAUUUUGAAGGAAUAUUGUGACUGUUUUGCAUGGGAUUAUGCAGAGAUGCCAGGCUUGAGUCGUGAAUUGGUAGAACAUCAAUUGCCAUUGAAAGCCAAUGUUAAACCUGUCAAGCAGCCACGAAGGAGAUUUGCUCCUGAAGUCGUGCAGAAGAUUAAAGAAGAGAUUGAAAGACUUCUUAAGGCUAAGUUUAUAAGAACAGCAAGGUAUGUCAACUGGAUUUCUAAUAUUGUCCCUAUCAUGAAAAAGAAUAGAAAAUUAAGGGUUUGCAUUGAUUUUAGAGAUUUAAAUUCUGCAACACCAAAAGAUGAAUAUCCAAUGCCUAUAGCUGAUAUGUUGAUAGAUUCUACUGCUGGUCAUGAAAUGUUAAGUUUUAUGGAUGGAUAUUCAGGUUAUAAUCAAAUAUACAUAGCUGAAGAAGAUGUGUCAAAAACAGCAUUUAGGUGUCCAGGAAAAACUAAGGUUUUUGCGCCUCUGAUCAAGUUGAAAAAAGAGGAAGAGUUCCAAUGGAAAACAGAGCAUCAAGAAGCUUUUGACAACAUCAAGCAGUAUUUGACUAACCCUCCUAUUAUGACACCUCCAAAGCACGGAGCACCUCUAAAACUUUACGUGUCAGCUUCUGAAGUAACAAUUGGUGGAAUGCUCGCUCAAGAAGAUGAGAAUGGCAACGAAAGAGUGAUUUAUUAUCUAAGUCGUGUGCUAAAUGAUGUUGAGAGCCGUUAUUCUCCAAUUGAAAAACUUUGCUUAGCUUUAUAUUUUUCUUGUUUAAAACUUAAGUACUAUCUAAUUCCUAUGAAUGUUUAUGUAAUUUCUAAGUUUGAUGUUCUUAAAUAUAUGUUGUCUUCUCCAAUAUUGCAUGGUAGACUAGGAAAAUGGAUGUUGGCCUUAACAGAAUUUUCUUUACAUUUUGUUCCUGCAAGAGCCGUUAAGGGUCAGGUUCUAGCUGAUUUCCUGGUUGAUCAUCCUUGUAUUGAUAUUAAUGAGAGUUUACUGGAUUUCGUUGGUUUGGUGCAUUGGAAAUUAUAUUUCGACGGUUCAUGCCAUAAGGGUGGUGUUGGUAUAGGAAUUUUAAUUAUUUCUCCAAGUGAUGAGCCAAGUAAAUUCUUUUUUGAAUUGAAUUAUUCAUGUUCCAACAAUGAGGCAGAGUAUGAAGCAUUAAUAAUGGGACUGAAAUUAUUAUUAGAAAGAGGAGUUAAAAAUGUAAAAAUUUUUGGAGAUUCACAGCUUGUAGUCCAUCAAGUAUCACUUGAAUAUAGGUGUGUUAGUGAAAAUUUAAGAAAGUAUUUCAAUGUGGCUACAGAGUUGUUGAGUAAAUUUGAUAGUGUCAUUGUAAGGCAUGUUCCAAGGGAGUUAAAUCAAGAAGCAAAUGAAUUAGCUCAAAUUGCUUCAAGAUAUAAGAUCAAGCCCUCAACACUAGAAAAAUUGGUAAGGAUAAAGGACAUAUUUAUGCCUUUGAGAGAAAGAGAAGUGUUGUCAUUAGAAAAACUAGACCCAGAAGAUUGGAGAGUACCAAUUGUAGAAUAUUUAAAAAAUCCAAGUCUUAGUGUCGAUAGAAAACUUAAAUAUAGGGCUCAAAGUUAUGUUCUAAUAAGUAAUGUCUUGUUUAAGAAAUCUGUUGAUGGAAACCUCUUGACAUGUUUGGGAGAAAAAGAAGCGUAUUUGGCUCUUGCCGAAGUGCAUGAGAGAAUUUGUGGUGCCCAUCAAUCAGGAAAAAAAAUGAAAUGGGUGAUAAAUAGGAGAAGAUUGUAUUGGCCAACUAUUCAAAGAGAUUGUAUAAACUAUGUCAGGUCCUGUGAAGAAUGCCAAAAACAUGAAAGCCUUCAACAUAUUCCAGCGUCAGAACUGCAUGUUAUAAUUAAGCCAUGGCCAUUUAGAGGUUGGGCGCUAGAUCUUAUCGGACAGAUUCACCCACCUUCUUCUAAAGAUCAUAAGUUCAUUUUGGUUGGUGUUGAUUAUUUCUCUAAAUGGGUAGAAGCGAUCCCUCUAAGGGAGGUAACUCACAAUGAAAUAAUAGAUUUUAUUGAGGAUCAUAUUGUGCAUAGGUUUGAAAUUCCUCAGUCUAUUACCACUGAUCAAGGAACCAUGUUUAUUGGGAAAAAGGUCAUGGAAUAUGCCAAAUCUAGGGAUAUAAAAAUGCUUUCGUCUACACCAUAUUAUGCCCAAGCUAAUGGACAAGUGGAGGCAGCGAACAAAAUUUUGAUUGCAUUAAUUAAAAAACACAUUGGAAGGCAGCCAAAAAAUUGGCACCAAACUCUCAGUCAAGUUCUUUGGGCUUACCGAAAUUCUCUAAGAGGUUCUACUGGAACCGCCCCGUAUAAGUUAGUUUAUGGUCAUGAUGCGGUGUUGCCAAUUGAUAUUAAUCUGCAAAGUGUAAGGGGUGGCUAG